UGGUAGCCGGGUAGGGAUCGGGUCCGUAUGGGAUAAGGCGGCUCCCUCCAGAGAUGGGUCUCCCUGUCAUGCUGUAUUGGCCGAAUGUGAUCGGUUACAUCAGGAUAAGCCUUGUGUUUUCUGCCUGGACGGCCUGGGACACACCAGCAGUGUUUGUCCUCCUGUACUCAGUCUGCAUGGUCCUGGAUGGAGUGGACGGAUGGCUGGCGAGGAGGUUGGACCAGGUGUCCAGGUUCGGGGCGUGGCUGGACGUGGUGGUGGACAACCUGAGCAGAGGCAUGCUGUGGAGCCUCCUGUUUCAGUGGGGUUGGCUGGUGUCCUCAGUGGAGUGGUGUGUGUUUGUGUGUAACCACCACACCAGAGGAGAGCAGUGGAAGAGCAGCUUCAACAACAGUCCUCGUCUGAUCCGGGCCAUCAUGGCGAACGGGUUCCGGACCCCUCUGGGUGUGUGGGUGGUGAGUGGGCUGCACUGCCUCCCCCUGUGGCUGUACGCGCACCGGAGCGGGGUUCUGUCGGACCACCUGGACCUGCACCCUUGGACCCAGGCUGUGGGAACAGUGCUGCUGGCUGCAGGGCGUCUGUUGGCUCUGUCAGCUGAGGUACUGCAGGAGCUUCUGCUCCAUCACUCAACAUGUCGGGGUCAUCGUCACCCCCCUACUAAAGACAAAACAACCUGUCUUUGGAUAUAAAUCAGAAAAAGGAAUGAUUAGGUCGUCAAAUGUAAAGGUUUGACCAAACGGACUAAAACCACAUCAUGAAAUCAUCUGAAUCUAAUAUUACAGCAUGAGAGCUGGUGCAAGAUCUACAUACAGUCCAUCAGAAGAAAUGUUAGGUUAAAUUACUGUAAAAGUCUUUAUAAGUCAGCAGCACCUGCUGAUCCUGUGAACUGUGUCU